CUGCUAGCUCAAGACUCGAAAAGCAAAGAAAAAAGGAUAUACAUAUAAAUAAAUAUUUAAAAUAGGUGCACGCAGUUUCAUAGACUGCAGCGCUACGUGUCGGAAGAUCGACUUGAACUGAAAUGACUAUCUUGUGCUGAUAUUGAUCAAAUGUGAGGCUUAAAUGGGUCCAAUUAUUGGCAUGUCUCCAACAAAAAAAACCGAGAUCCCAGGAAUAGGGGAGACUUGCAGUUUGAAUUCAAGUUGCCCCAUUGACAUUUUGCCAGAGAUGGCUGGUGCCACAAGUAUGAAAGCCAUUUCUGCUGACAAGGGAAUAAUGGAUGAUGAAGAGCUUACAAACCUGAACUGGCUUCAUGAAAAUAAAAAUCUCCUGAAGAACUUCAGCCUGGGUAGUGAGGUCCUUCGCAGUGUUAGCCCUACACGUGACAUCACUGAAGAAGAUGCUUCAUCUUCACCUUGUUCAGAUUCUCUGAACAAUGACAAGCGUGGAUUAAACUCCAAGCCUCCCUAUUCUUUCAGUUGCCUUAUUUUUAUGGCAAUUGAACACUCAGCCAGAAAAUGCCUUCCAGUUAAGGAUAUCUACAAUUGGAUAUUGGAACGUUUUCCAUAUUUUACCAACGCGCCUACUGGUUGGAAGAACUCCGUUAGGCAUAAUCUCUCCUUGAACAAAUGUUUCCGGAAAGUGGAGAAAGACCAUGGCAAGACUGUUGGGAAAGGUUCACUGUGGUGUGUAGACCCACAGUACAGGCCAAACCUCAUUCAGGCCCUAAUGAAGACUCCAUAUUAUUCAACAACACAAGUCUUCUACACACCUCCUGCCUCGCCUCCAAGCGCAUCUCCACCUCCUCAUCACCUCACAACAAUGUCACCUCAGCUCCAAAGCUGCCAUCAGAAAGGUUCGGAUAUCGAUGCUGCCACUGCUAUGAUGUUGCUCAAUUCAUCUACAGAACAAAGACUUCCUCAGUCAGGUGGGCCAUCUCAGCAAAACAGUCCAACAAUGAGCCGAAAACGAAGUCACAAACGUGCAUUUUCGAAGCUUGCUCCCACUUUGGUGAAAAUAACUGAAGCGACAUGCAGAACAAAGGAGAAUGUCGAAACGUCUCCAUCGCAGAAAGACAGCAAGAGUUUGUCUGGUUUACCAGUCAUCAAUAAUGAUCCUAAAGAAGAACACAAUUAUAGUGCAAAUGGUACCGUGUCUCACCGUAGCGAGUCUAGGUCUAGUGUUUCAUCCUUCUCCUCUGUGGAGGAAUCCUAUGAAUUCAUUCCAAAAGCUAGUCGUGGUGGGAGUGACGGAAGUGAAGGCUUCCACAGUGAUGAAGAGUCUGAGGUAGAUGACUGUGAGAAUGAGUCAAAUAACUUGUUAGGUGCCAGUGUCUACAAAUCUGAGCGAUGUGGAAAAGACUCCACUAGCAUGUUACGUUUGGCUGGAAAAAGCUGCAGAACAGUGCAGCAAGAAGUUGAUGAAGAGCUAAAGGAAGCCGCUGGUUCACUUUUGCACCUUGCUGGAAUCCAUAUGUGCCUGGACUCUUUAGUCAGUAAACCAGGAAAAAGCAGGAAUGAGAAACAUAAUGUGAAAUAGCAUGCUUCCUCUCACAUCUGCCAUUGUGUGUUAUUUGGCAAUAUACUUCAAUGGAGCUCCUUCUCAAAAGGAAGAAAAAAGCCAUAUGAAGACUGAAGUGUUUGCCCUUGAAUAUUAACUGCCAUUUGUUUGCACCUUUCUGAGACAAGAAGUUCUCCAUAGGUUGUACCAGUUCUUGAAAAGUGAACUUUACAGCAACCAACACAUGCAAUGGAUCAGCCUGUAUGCUGAAGUAGUUCUUCAGGCUGUUUUAUUGGUUAAAAUUUCAAGCAGUUGAAAAGUGAAAAAAAAGCUUUCUUUGAAAAUAACUGAAGUGUUCAGGGUUGAAAAGGGGUGAUGGGGCUUGGCAAUAUUUUAGACAUCUUGAAGAUCAUACAAUGUAUUUUUCAACCUAAUAUGUUAGUGAUAUUUAAGAAGUUGACUCCCUCUCACGUUUUUCCCUUUCUUGAAUAUGGUUUCCUUCAUUUUCAGAGAACCUUGAAAGUCACUAAUGGUACGUCAAUGUUCCUAGAUUAAUUAACUCUCUCAGGUGUUCGGGCACAAUUCCACGAACAAAAGGAGCCCUCUAAGCACCAUCUCUCAUGCACAGGCUGGCUCAAAUGAUUUUUUAACUGUGUGGAAUAUUGCAGAAAGGCAACUUAGUCCUUCAUGAUGUCCAAAUGCACAUAUUUUCCAAUAUGGGUCAUUAACAAUUCAUCAAAUGUUUCAGUAUAUUGGAAAGUUUGUGUAUUUUUCCCUCCUUGCAACAAAGGUAAUUAUAAUGCCUUGUAACUGCUCCCCAGGCUAAAGUAGUGGAGGCUGUGAGAAGGUUGCACUUUACAUUGGAAGAAAGAAUAAAAAAAAGAGAAAAAUGAAGUUGACUUUGCUAUGCAGUUUUUAUGAAAAUUUUUUUUAAAGUUCGUCACCAAUGUUUGUGCUUCCAAGAUAUUUGGAGAACUCUGAAAUUAUUGAUGGGAGAAAAUUAACAGUGUACCUUUAAUUGUUCAAACAGAAGCCACAGUUGAUAAUAUUAAACUGGAAAUAUUGUUUACCUUAAAUCACCUUCCUGGGAGUCAUGUGAUAGGACAGGCCUGCAGUGAUUAUCAUAACAGUACUGUAGUGGUAACAUCAAAAAGGAUUGGAUUACCAUGAUGUAAGCGAGCAAUACCUCUAAAUUUCACUGAGCAUACAAUUUAGAUUUAAAAUCAGAAUGCAACAGAAAGUCACCGUGCUGUUUUUAUUUGAAGAAAAUAUGGAAAAUAAUGUGUUGAAGUAUAUUGCUGUUGAAUGCUGGACUCAAGCUGAUAUUUAUGCUCAUGACUUAUAACCUCCUUUGAAUCCAUUGGUGAGGACAUGGCCUUUGUAACAUAUUUAAAUGUGCUUGCUUUUUUUGUUAGCUAUGUUCUUAUAUGAAUGUUUUGUUUCCAUCUCCAGCUGUAGAAGUUGAUGGAAAGAUUGCCAGCUGCCAGGCUUUACUAAUGCCAGAAAUAGUGUGAAAUCAAUAGAAUUCCCACCAGAACUUUUUCUCCCUCACCACAAUGGGAAAUCCCCAGUUAGAAAAAUCAAAAAGAAUCAACGUUGUGGUAGUUUAUUAACAUUGUGCCCUGCAUUUUUGGGCAGUUCUUAAAUUUUAAUCCUUGAUUCUGCAAUUUAGCAAUCAUGAGUCAAAAACCACCACACUAUUGCGAUAUGGUAUCAUAGUCGAGUUGGAAUGCUUUCAUGAACACAACGUUCAAUAAGUCCUACAUACUGGCAAUGGUUUCAGAAUCAUGUAUUAUUUUUAUGCAGUGGGAUGGGCUUGGAUGUAUUCAUUUUCUUCACUUGGCUAAUUACUGCUGAAAUACUGCUAGUCUACUGUACUGGAAGCUCACCAGAGCCACAUGCAGAAGAUUUUGAUGGAACUAUAAUAGUAAAACUUUAACAGUAAUGUAUUUGUUCCCACUUACUGAAGCAGGAUCUCCAUAUAAAACAUCCAAAUAUAAAUCAUGUGAUAUACUUUUCCAGUAAGGGGAAAAGUCUUACCCACCCCUGAAUGAGAAUCUGCUGGAUAUGCAUAGUUGGUUAUUUAAGCUGGAACCUUCAGCUUUAUUAGAACAUUCUUGCUAACUACUACUUUAACUGGUCACUGCAGUUUGGUGCAUGAGGUGUUCACUGGAAAGAGGCAAGAACUUUGUAAUUUACACUAAUUCAAAUCCCUGAUUAACUUUAACUUGACCUUGAAAAGGCAAGUCACUGCACUUUUUCACCAUGCAUGAUUCAGAUCUGCAGUGGUAAGAUGGCACUCAAAUUAAGCAAAGUGUGCUUCUUUGGUGCCCCACAAUGAAAAUUGCGGACUUUCCUACUUGAGACUCCCUGCUUGCCAACUACCUCUACUCCUGGAUGCCUAAGUGCCACCUGCCAGCUGGGUACUACUUUUUACCCAUUUCAAAUGGGCAGCUCUUUGGGGAAGUAUUCUACAGGCCAGAAAUUCAGGCCUAUGAAUAUAGCUAGCAGUCACUUUUCUACUCUACUUGAAAUUCUCUGGGUAUUAAAAUCAAAUUCCAAAAUAUGCAGGACUCCCAGAUGUAUGGGUCUACUUCGUAAAAUCUUACAAGUCCAAAAUUCAGGGUAUGUGUCAUGUCAAUGCUUUCCAUUGACACAAAUAUAUUAAUGUAAGUGAACCAUGUAAUUUUGGAUACCUGGUUACUAACUUUGAGAACCAUGUACUUCUUAACAUCUGCUAAUUGGUGCCACUUUAAUAAAGAUUCUUCUGCCUUUCAUAAGUUUCAUUUUUUGCUCUGUUGAUUUUUUUUGAUUUCAGAGAUUUCUGGAAGCCUAAUAGGCACUGUAGUUUCAGGUGGCAAAAUACAGGUAUAAUGCACAAUUUAUUUUCAUAUAAAUAAGCACAGGGCAGCUGGCACACAUCGAUCUGCUUCUCACUGGUCAUGUAGCAGUAUACAAGUUAUAAUAGGAAUGUACAGGGAGGAUGAGCUAUUUGCCAUUACUAGGUAGUAAUGUCUUUUCUGAAUAAAUUUGUUUCUCUUUCAAAACAAAGUAUAUUUUUAAAAUUGUGUUCUGCUUUGAGCUCAUCAUGGUAUGCUUUUUGCUGAAGUUUGUGGUUUCUUAAUAAUUUCAUGCUGACAUGCUCCCAGGGAAGGAUAUGAGAUCUGUUAAGGUAAAUAAAAUUUCUUAAGACCAGUAUAGGUACACUCUGUACCAAGCGAGAGAAAGGGUGGAGAGUUUUCUUUGUUUCUAUGUAUGGAAUGUCGCAUUAUUUAUCCAAACUGCUUUGGUAAGAGUCAUUUCCUGUCAAUAAUCUGUUUGCCAGAUCUUGAAUUGCUCAGCAGUGUUUCCAUGUAAAAAGAAAAUCCAGUGAGGUAUGCCUACUGCAAUGUUUAAUACAAGCAAAUAACCCGCUAACACUGGUUGUGUAGACCAACACAUCUUUAUCCAGUAGCCAGGAUGAUGAUUACCAGUUUGGCUUUCAUUUACUUAACUUCCUGAGUUAGUCUUUUUUCAACUCUCACUCAUGCUUGAAUGAAGAGAGAAGUUAGAUGGCAAGUUGCCAAAGACCGAUACUUCAUUUUCACAUGAAUUGUACUUUCUAUGGUUUGUAUGCUCAGCAUCAUCUUUUAAAGCAAACAAUUUCUCGAACAAUUUUUCUUUAAUUAUAAAGGGACAGGUCAGCAAUCUGCCUAAACUGCAAAAAAUGCAAAUAUGACACUGUUCUCCUGUACACUGAGAUGCAGUAGCACAAAUCCCUAACCAUUGUCGUUAUCCGUCUUUCAACUGCCACCAGCAAUUGAUUGUUAAUGCCAAUAGCCAAUAAGUAAGUUGAGUGUUGAUGUUCAGAAACUUAUCACCAAGUGAGAAUGUCCAUGUUAAUUGAUAAAUCCAUAUUAGUAUAUUUUAUCUUGGUUUGGUAUAGAAUACAUACACAAUGUCACUUGGCAGAUUGCCAAGCCUUGUGUUGGAAUUUAUUCCAUUGGUUAGUACAAUCCUGUUUUCAGCACACAAUAUCAAACUCACUAUUGCUUGGCUGGCUAGAUGCCUUACCUGGUACACAACUAUAUAUACAAAUAAUUGUUGCUGCACACUGAAUAGUGGCCAGAUGAAUAAAUUGUCCGAAGCAAAAUUAGCUGAACUAAAUUUUUAACUGUUCUCUUGCAUUCGUAAUAAUUGAAUAAAGAUGAUAAAUGUAAAUAAUGUUUAUAAAAUGUUUAAACCUCCUCAAAUUUUAAAAUAGCUGUGCAGUGAAUAAAAUAGCUGCUAGUUCAACAACAGCGUUUAAGGUAAUGGUUACCUUUUGUUACCGGUUAGUCAAUUUGGAAUUUCCAAGCAAAUUAUUUCUCAAUUAUAAUGAUGUAUUACUUUCUUUGAAUAUCAUUGUUAUUGCAUUAAAAACAUAUAAUGUGUGGCUGUUGAGAGCAGGACAGGUACUGAUUUCUUUCUCUGAAUUGGCUUUUUCAUAUGUGCUCACUAUCCACUAUCUCACUUAGGCAGAACAUGUGUGAACAAAAAUAGCAGUAUUUCCUGGGCUGCAUUUUCUGUUCCAUCAAGCAGUGAUUUCAGCAGAUGAGCCAGCAGGGCAAGCCAACAAAAGGAACAGGAAACAUGGCUUUGACAAUUUUCUUUUUCCUACCACCCUCUAAAGCCAUUGAUUGCCUCCUAGAUUAGAAUUACAAAACCCUUGCUUAAUAAUUUUGAUCCUGUUUGCACCAGAUCUGCACAUUACAGUAGGUUAAGGCGGUAUUAGGAAGGUGAACCAUAACUCAUUUUUCUUUUACACAGAACACCAGCACUGACACUGAUAUCAGUUAAUUCACUACAACUUAAUUACAUGCUAUUUUCAUGAACCACUGAGGCAGCAAUGAAAUAAUUUAUAUUACCAUUACUUAGCAGGCAUUCCCUUGAGAGCAACUUGUUUUAGUUGCAUCUAAUUUCAAUGAAGUGUGUAAUGCAGAAUGCAGUUCUAUUGGUGUUUAGAACACUAGUUGAUCCACUUCAGGAGUUGAAAAUAUUCAAAUUUGAUUUUUCUAUACUGUAAAUCCAUGUUUGUACUGCAUCUCGAUCAUCAGAUCAAUAUCUGGUGUGAAACCUAUGCUGAGAAUUCACAGAUAAUGCUUGAGAAGAUAGUAGAACUGGUCAACUUCUUUCGAAACCAGUGUUGGGGGUGGGCAUACCCUCUGCUGUAAUUGAAGUAAAUUAAUUGUUUUGAGAUGUGUGCAAAUCAACUACAAUGUAAAAAUGGGACUGCUGUAAUAUAAAAUGGAAGAGUGUCAAUGUUUCUUACACUGACUUCAGAAGUCUAACGUUCAAUUGACAGUGGAUAGAGGUGAUCAUAUUGGAGUAUGUAAAUUAAAUUUGGGCCUAUUUUCCCUUUCUCAACUUAAGUUGGCAGUUCAUAUUAUUGGAACCAUCAGUCUUCCUUUAUUUACAUUGCAGAAAGAAUGAUUCUUUGUGUGAGCCCACACAACAAGUAUUGUUGCUAUGGAAGGAGAUGAUAUCACACUUCAGAAUUCAUUGGCCAAAAGUGGCCAUAUUUACUUAGUUACAGGCUCCAUGGAAAGGAGACUGUCCACUAGCUGCAAUCACAGCUAGCAAAAAGCAAAAUGUUUGUGGUGGUUGGAGAUUUAAAAACCUCACUAAGAAUUCCUCAGGACAAUGCACAAAGCCCUUCCAUCUUCAGCCACGGACAGAAGUGGGAAUAUUUGUGAUGAUUGAAGUGGUCAAUUUAAUUUGCAAUUUGUCAUAAGUGGAGAUGGUGGAAUAGUGGUAAUAUCUAUGAACUUGUAUUGCAGAACCCUAGGCUCAUGUUCUGAGGAUAUGGAUUUGAAUCCUACAUGGUAAAUGGUGAAAUGUGAAUUCAAUAAAAAUCUGAAAUUUUGAAAAAGCUAGUCUAAUUGUCACCAUGUAACCAAUGCCAAUUGUUGUAAAAGGUCAGAAACCCACUAAUGUUACUAAUGUCCUUGAAGAAAGGAAAUCUAUCAUCCUUACCUGGUCUGGCCUACAUGUAAACCCCAGGCUAACAUCCUUUCGAAGCUCUGUGGUCACACAGUCACUGGGAGGUUUUGCACCCACUGCAUGCUGUGCUGACACACUAGCUUCAGCUUUCCAAAGCUAUUGCCAUGCACGGAACUCAGGUCCAUGCAGCAGUUAACAAUUAGUGGGAAUAUUGCUCCAAACCCAUAGUUAUGUGCAACUGUGUAACUGUCCUCUGGGCAAAUAAAUGUUGGCCUAGCCAGUGACAGCUACAUUCCAUGAACAAAUAAAAAUAAUGAAGCUGCCUGUAUCUGCAUGGAACAAAAUCUGGACAACAUACAGGCCUGGGCUAAGUGCCUAACUAACAUUUGUGCCAUGUUAAGUGCCAGGCAAUAACCAUCUCCAACAAGUAUCUAACUACCUCCUUGACAUUGUGAAAGCUUCCACCGUCAAUAGCUGAGACUUGUCAUCAUUGACCAGAGCUAGAGGAGGCACAUAACUACUGCUAAUACAAAAGCAAGACAGAAACUAGAUAUGUCACCUCCCGAAGCCACCUACAAGGCAUAAGUCAGGAAUGUGAAGAAAUACUCUCCGCUUGUAGGGAUGAGUUCAUAUCCAACAACAUUCAAGAAAGUUGAUACAUUCCAGGACAAAGUUGCCCAAUAAAGCCCAACCACUAUCUUAAAUACUCAUUUGCUAGCCAAUAUAUUGGAACUCCCUGGGGGUACUUUGACUGCAUGAGGACUGCAGCAAAUAAAAACCUCAGUUUUCUACCACUUCCCUGAGGGCAUUUAGGAAUAGGCAAUAAAUGUUGGCCUUGAAAGCAACAUGCACUUGACAUGGAUAAAUGCUUUUCAAAAUCAGCUAUAGUGACUAUUCACUCCUGCUUCUAUUAUCAUUUCCAUCCCACUGCCACCAGCCAAGUACUGUGACAAGUUUGAGGCUUUUGUUCUUGCCUUUCAAGUAAUCCACAGGAUUUUUAAUUAUUUUACCUAAGAGAAUGCCUAAAUUAUGAACCGCCUCCUUUUAAAAAUAGAAGCACUAUCUGGAGGUGAAAAUCCACAGAUUUACAUUGAUUGUGAAUUUUGGUACAUAGUUUCCAACUGUGGUUAACACUUCUCUCAACCACUGUCCAUUUUAGAGUGGAAUAAGAACCAUGAAACCUCUUCUAAUAAUACUAUCCAUUAAGAAGUAAUAUUAGACAAAAUUAGUACACUUUGUAUUGGUGAUUUCAGUGAGCAAAGUCUGAGGAGUAGAGGUUAUAUUGUUUAUCCUAAGGUGGUUCAUAAUGUUGUACGUAUUUUCACUUCUUAAACUGGUAGUGACGUUCUGCCUGAGCUUACAUCAUGUAAUUUACAUUUUGUUCCACUGCAUGUAUGCCUGACUGGUGCUCAGGUAGUUGCAGAUUAAUGAAACAAACUGAUACAGAAGAUGAAAAAAAUUGUACAGAUGCAAAAUGCAAUUAUUCCUAUAUUACUUCUUCACAUAAUUUUUAACCAAAAAAGUAACACGCUAAGUAGUUCAAAUGCCAAUAGAACUAGUUUUUAAAAAAUGUCAUUAAAUUACUGGAUGUACGAUGAAGGGGAGAGAGAAACAGAUUGGAGGUGCUCAGUGUUUGGUGUUUCAAAAUACAUUCUGAACACCUGUUGCAGGUCAUACCAAAACCUUCUUCCAAUCUGAUCCUUAAAGCCUACAACUGGUUAUAAAACUGUUUAAUUAUGCCAUCAAAAUCAUGUAUGUUAUUCUGUGUUCAUAAAGAUGUUUUUAUAAAUGUUUAUUUUUGCCAAAGAUAUGCAAAUUGCAUACAAAUGGUAUUGUUAAAUAAACUUUCUUUUUAUUUGUAA